CUGUCUGUCAGACUGCUUGUUGAACUGAUGGACACACAGAAGCUUACUUGUUUUCUCUGUCACUGCUCCAUAUCCUGUCUUUUCCAAACAGAAUUAUUUCUUUUGUGAAUUUCAUUGGUGUUUUUCUUAUUACAAGUUUGGCCAAGUGCAGUCUUAAACCUCUUACCCCUUACCAUCUUGGAUCCUCAGUUUCCUUCUUUGGAUUUUUUCCUCCUUUUUUCCCCCACCCCAACUGCCGUCUCUUCUCUGUGCCUACCAACCUUUCCUUUUCCUUUGCUCUUCUUUUGUCUUUCUCCCCCCCAUCUUCCUCUGUUCCCUGUCUCCUUGUGUGUGGUUUUUGGGCUAUGCUCUCCUCACCCACUGUGAUCCUCCAGCCUUAUGGACUCCCCGUCUACCCACAGACAGCCACAUGCUACCCCAGCAUAGUUCAGGGGGGCUCCGCUCAGGAGGCCGGCCCAGGCGGCGGAGACCCUGCCCUGCCUCAGGUCUAUGCUCCGCCCCCCUCCUAUCCACCGCCAGGUCAAGGUCCACCAACUUCUGCAGGCCGACUGCCUACUCUUGACUUCAGUUCUGCACAUCCCAGUUCAGAAUAUCCAGAACAUCCCCAGCUCAGAGUCUAUCAGGGCCCUCAGCACGAGGGGGCUGACACUCUGACGUCCAGUAACACGGAGGAUGCGUUGGCCCCUAUGACGUCUGACCCCCAGUCUCUCAGUGUAUCCGUGUCAUCGGGGGGCGGAGCUGGAAGUGGAAGUGAGGAGGAGGGGUCAGGUAAGGCCCAACCGAAACGCCUCCAUGUCUCCAACAUCCCUUUCCGCUUCAGAGACCCAGACCUCCGCCAGAUGUUUGGGCAAUUUGGCAAGAUUCUUGACGUAGAAAUCAUCUUCAACGAGCGAGGGUCAAAGGGGUUUGGAUUUGUCACUUUUGAGAGUGCGGCUGAAGCUGACCGAGCAAGAGAAAAGCUGAACGGAACAAUCGUCGAGGGUAGGAAGAUUGAGGUUAAUAACGCCACUGCAAGAGUAGUCACAAAGAAGCCUCAGACACCUCUAGUGAAUGGUGACAUUACAACAGCCUCUGGGUGGAAGAUCAACCCUGUCAUGGGGGCAAUGUAUGCACCUGAACUCUAUACAGUUGCCAGCUUUCCGUACCCUGUAGCAACUCCCACCUUGGCAUACAGGGGCUCUGCGCUGCGUGGCCGAGGCCGAGCCGUCUACAACACGAUUCGCUCUGCUGCAGCUACUCCUGCUGCUGUGCCCGCCUACCCUGGGGUUGUAUACCAAGAUGGACUGUAUGGGGCAGAAGUCUAUGGUGGUUAUCCUACAGCGUACAGAGUGGCUCAAUCAGCAUCUGCUGCCACUGCAGCCUACAGUGAUGGAUACGGACGAGUUUACGCCACAGCUGCAGAUCCCUAUCACCACUCAGUCGGACCAACAACAACAUAUGGAGUUGGUACAAUGACCAGUUUGUACAGAGGAGGAUACAACCGCUUCACCCCGUACUGAACUGCCCAGCAGAUGGGGAGGCGGGAGGGGAGUCUCUCUCAUGAACUUUGGGACUGACAGGUUAUGAGAUCUUAAACCUCUCCAUCACCACCUCUCCUCCAGAGACUAACUAGACUGAGGUUAUAAAUCCUGCAGGACCCAUUUACUGUCCAUCCUGCUGAAGCACACAGAAGAAAGAAGAUGUUAUGUAACUUAUAGGCCGUUGGUUGAAAUCUUUUAACUGAGUUUUGUGAAUUUAAAGAGUAUUGAUGCUACAGAAGUUAGCUGGUGACAAACACUGUGAGAAUCACUUUUUUGUGUUUAUUAUCUGAAAGUUUCAGGGGUCAAACUGUACAAAAAAACACUGUACAAUGUCAAAUGACUUAUUUUUGAUGGCGAUUAUUUACUAAAUCUGUUUUUUGAGUGUGUGUGUUUGUGUGAGUGUGUGAGCAUAUGUAUGAGGUUACAUUUUUCAGUUAGUCAAGUGAGAGACAGCUGUGACACCGAUAUCACAUCAUAACCUCAGAGCUGCUGUUUGUCUGGAUGUAGUUGGAAACUAAUUAUUUUCUCAUUCUAACAAUCUACCUCUCAUACAUGUGUAGCUUUUCAUACAGCUGUUUGGUUGCAGCACUUCCUUUUGACCUAUCCUGCCUAACAUUGUCUAGUUUCUGCAACUGUGGCUGAUGUUUUACAUUUACACAGUUAUUCAUCUGUUUUACAAACUGAGGAUUAAAGGCGUCGCUUGAUCAGUACAUUCAUUUUCUGAUCAUCUUCUCAUCUUUUGCUGCUGCCAUUACCUGUUACUGCCACCUCUUCUUGUAUUUUAUGGCUCUUUUCUUCCCUCCAAACUGCUGAAUGACCUCUUGCAUCCAUGAAUUCUUCUUGUGCCUGUUUCUGUUGCAUUUUUUUCUGCUUUGUUUGGCAUUUCUAAAUAAAACUGUUUCCUCUUGUUUCUUCUUCUGUUUUGAUUCUUAUUUUCAAGAUUUCUUUUUCCUCCUCACUCACUGUGUUUCUAGGUUGUUUUCGUUUUCUAAAACAUUUACUGGUGGAUAAAAGGCUACUAAAGUCACUCCUCAGCAUCAGGCAGGCUUUAGACUGUAUAUGUGUUACUCUGCUUUUUUUUUACUGUUAAUUAAAUUAAUGGUCAGUCUAUCUUAGAAGCUUUUUUUUUCAAACUGAAGUUAUGAAUGUUAAUCAGAAAACCUUUGGUCCUAUUAUCACAGCUCGCUGAUGUUCAGUGCUACAGUGUAGGUAGCUUCCUUCACAUUAAAUUAUUUACAUGGAUUAUUCCCAUCAGUCCUCACAGAAACAAAAACAACCUGUUUUUAUCCCUUUUCUUCUUUUUCCAACUUUCUGAGAUUUCACUGCUUUUUGCUUUUUGCUUCAUUACUUUGUUUGUCUCUAGUUUUUUCUCUUUCUCUUGUAUCUUAAGCUACUUUUCUUACAUGCAUGAAACCUUGACCUUUUUCUAGGCUUUUUUUCUGCAAUUUCUAAACUUUUCUUACGAUUUCUUUUUCCUUUGCUUUAGACUGUCAGAAGAUAUAGGUGUUAUAUAUAAAUCUUCUUUUGCGUAGUACGGCUUUUCUUCAGAUAAUCUCCAAGUCUGUUACCUUUGCUACUAUCUUCUCGUGUUAUCAUAUAGGCCUUUCCUUUUUCAUAUUUAUAUUUGAUCUUUGAAUAUCAGCUUUUUUUUAAAACCAACUUUAGUCUUGCAGCUCUACUUCUGUCCCUUUCCUGAGUUAGACUUUUAUAGAGAUUAGUUUUAAAAUCUUUAAGGUUUUCUUAAAUGCUUAUAUAUCAUGAAUGAUGAGGUAUGUGGUAUGUGGCUAUUAUUAAACUCAAUCUUAUUUGAUAGGUUUCUGCAAGUUUGUACCAUCUCUUAACACCUGUAGUUUGGCAGAGCGUUAUAUUGUCUGGGUCUGGGCCUCUGCAUCAGUACACACAAACUGUAAUUAUUGGGAAAAUAAAUGUAAUCACAUUUUUUUUUAAGAUUUAUACUUUACUUCCUGUACUUUCAAUUUCUAUUAACCCAAUUUUAAUUUUGCAAUAUGUUUUUACUAAUCCCUUUCUUCUGCUUCUGCAAUGUUCCAAUCCUGUUAUUCCUUCCAUCCUGGAAAACUUGUCUUUGUUUUUACAGCUGCUGUGUUCACCGACUGCUUCAUUCUCAUGUUUGUUUAAGAAAUACCAAGCCCAACAUUUGUAAGGAAAUUACUCUGUGCCAAGUAAUCGGUCUGUAACUUCCAGUCACAGGUGCCUUUCACUCACUUUAAGAUCUUUAACAAUAAACAGUUCACGUACA